UAAACAAUCAGAAAUGAAUGAAUGUUUGUAAAGGCGCCCAAAGGACAAAACCCAAUUUCCCGUGGCAUAUUGAGUACAAAGAACCUGCAAACAAGCUUCUCUCAUUCUCAACAAAUGCAGCUUUUUUGGGGGCUAGGGUUUUGGCCAUUUGUUAGCUUCAACUACAAAUUUAAUCACUACUAGUAAAAUCUUUCAGCUGUUGACUGGAAGGAACAACUUGCUUCCAUGGAUCUUCGUCCUAGGCAAAGAACACCCUUUUCUGGGUUCACAAAAGAUGAGAGUGAAAGAAUGGAGCAUUUCCUUAAAGAUGCAGCGGACCGAUCUUUUGACCGGGAUUUUUGUAAGAAGCUGGCAGGGCUUUUCAACCGUUCUAAAGGUCGUGCAGGAAAACCUGUUGUAAAGUGGAUUGAGGUCCAUAAUUGGUUUCAGAAAAGGCAGCAAAAUUACCUCUCUGAAGAUGCUUCAGCUGAUGCAGCAAGAAAAUUAACUCCUUCUCCAGAAGCUGGCGCUUUGAUCAAGAAGAGUGAGAAUUCCCAGAUGCCAAAAGAUGAAGAGGUUCCAGAUGUAUCAAAGUUGGAAUUUGAGGCAAGAUCACCGAAAGAUGGGGCUUGGUAUGACAUCGAGACAUUUCUUGCCCACCGAAUGCUCGACUCAGGGGAAGGAGAGGUUCGAGUAAGAUAUGUUGGAUUUGGGCCUGAGGAGGAUGAAUGGGUAAAUGUGAUAAAGUCAGUACGUGAAAGAUCUGUCUCUUUGGAACACUCUGAAUGCCACAAAGUGAGAGUUGGAGACAUUGUACUGUGCUUCCAGGAGCGAAAAGAUGUAGCGCGAUACUAUGAAGCUGAAGUUGUAGGAAUUGAGAGAAGGUUGCAUGACAUUAGAGGUUGUAGAUGCCUUUUCACAAUUCGGUACACUCAUGAUAAAAUUGAGGAAAAAGUUCGUUUGAGGAGAUUAUGUUUCCGGCCGAGCAUAUUAGGGGUUUCAGGAAAGCCUUAGCCAAGUAAUUAUGGUGCUGAAACAAAUACAUUUUUGAGCUUUUUGAGAAGUGGCUAAUCUUUGUGAGGUUUGAGUUCAAGUACACCAAGUAGACAGCUGAGACUAUACCAAUUAUACAUAGACUAGGUCUUUCUUUGCAGAGAAAGCUCUAAUGGUAAUUAGUGGAGUAUAAUGUGAAAUAUCUUAAAGUAGUGUUUUUCUAUUGAUUCCAUGAGGUUGUGCUUAUGCAGCCCUCAUUUGUAAAGCUAUGGUUUCUUGCUUAUUUCUCGGAAACAAUGAGCUUGAAUGAAGACUACUAAUCUCAAGAAGGCAACUAUUGUCUGAAAU